AUGUACUACGAACUAUUUGCUAUUGCCCGUAUUUCGGACCCGGUUUUGGCCAGCAAAGAAGCAAGCAAAAUCGCUUCCACUGUUGGGAAAUUAAUCUUGAACAACAGAGGUGUCAUCAGAGAAAUCACCAGUUUGGGCCCAAAGCCACUUCCAAAAAUCAUGUCCAAAGAACAAGAAAGACAUUUCCAGGGCUACCAUUUUAUGAUGGGUUUUGACUCUUCUUCUGCUGUGCAGCAAGAGUUGUUGAGAACGUUAAGAAGAGACCCCAGAAUCUUGAGAUCCAGCAUCAUCAAGAACGAAAUGAAGGGCAACUUGAAUGUGGGCACUACUUACCAAAGAGUGUUCGAGAAGGUGUCAAACUAA